AAUUUCAUUCCAAAAGCCAAACCAGGGUAAGCGUCCACUUGGAGACUGGAGAGGCAGCAAAAGUGCCUCUUGGCUUCCUUCCUACUCCUGCCCCUUCGCUCAUCGCAAGAAGCAGCGCCCACCAGCUGGUCUCCCUUGCUGCUCAUUUUCUUCGCUAAAAUAAUGGGAAAAAGAAGAAAAGAGAGAACGCUCAAGGCGUCCUCCCUUACCUUAUAUUGCACGAGCUCUGCUAUGCCAGUUGCCCACCGAAAUAGACGCCCGGGAAAGGAGAGAGGAACUCCACAGUAAAUAGAGAGAGAGUGAGAGAGAAGGAAGAGAUGGGUUGGAGAGGGAUAUUGGGUUUUGAAUACGGGAUUGUACAGGGUCCUUUGGGGCCUGACAUCUCAAGUCCAGAGCUUGUGGCUGCCGUCGCUAAUGCCGGGGGACUCGGAAUCCUCAGAGCCCCUGAUUGGGAGUCACCUGAUUACGUGAAGGAGCUGAUAAGGAAAACUCGAGCCUUAACAGACAAAUCAUUUGGUAUUGGUAUUGUUUUGACAUUUCCCCAUGAAGAAAAUUUAAGGGCUAUUCUGGAUGAGAAGGUUGCAGUAUUGCAGGUUUCUUGGGGUGAAUUCCCAAAGGAGCUUGUUCUCCAAGCUCAUUGUGCUUGCAUGAAGGUUGUUCACCAAGUUGGCAGUCUUGAAGAAGCAAAGAAAGCUGUUGAUGCAGGGGUGGAUGCAGUUAUUGUCCAAGGAAUGGAAGCAGGUGGGCAUGUAAUUGGUAAGGAUGGUUUGAUGACAUUGCUGCCAAGAGUAGUUGAUUUUAUUGGGGAUCAAGACAUACCUGUAAUUGCGUCUGGUGGUAUUGUGGAUGAGCGUGGUUAUGUUGCUGCUUUGGCACUUGGUGCUCAAGGGAUCUGCCUAGGCACUAGGUUUGUUGCAACCAAAGAAAGUUGGGCUCAUCCAACAUACAAGAGGAAGUUGGUCGAAAUGGACAAAACAGAGUAUACGAAUAUAUUUGGCCGGGCAAGGUGGCCAGGGGCACCUCAACGUGUCCUGCAGACACCUUUCUUCAACACAUGGAGGUCUCUUCCUGAUGAUGAAAAUGAGACUAGCCAGCCUGUUAUUGGCCAUUCAACAAUACAUGGAAAAGAAAAAGAAAUUCGUCGGUUUGCAGGUACAGUUCCAAAUGCAACAACCACUGGUGAUAUUGAAAACAUGGCUAUGUAUGCGGGACAAGGUGUAGGCCUCAUCAAGGAAAUUCUUCCCGCAGGUGAAGUCAUAAUGAGGCUUGUUACAGGAGCUCAACAUCUGAUCCAGCAACAAUUUUUGGACCUCAAAUCCAAGGAUGAAGCAAUCUAAGUUUUGACCAACUUCAACAUUUGGAAAAUUUCCUUUUAAAUAAAGUUGGUGGUCGAUGAGAAUUGAAUGGCGUACCUCUUAGAAGUAUAAAAAUGAGUUACUCACCUCUCUCUCUCUCUCUCCAUUUUUUGUUUUGUUAGCAUAAUAAGCAUUUAGACUGCAAGAUUGUCUGCAGAAGUCCCGUAUUUUUAUACUUAUAUUCUGCUGUGUUUAA